AUGGAGUCCGCUCAGGGUCCUCAUUCCGUCCGGUUGUACGUGUAUGACCUGUCCCGCGGCUUGGCUCGGCGCCUUAGUCCUGUCAUGCUGGGUAAGCAGCUAGAAGGAAUUUGGCAUACUUCUAUUAUUGUAUUUGAUGAAGAAUUCUUCUAUGGAGGAGGUGGCAUCACUAGCUGUCCACCGGGGGGAACACUGCUGGGUCAUCCAGACACUGUGGUGGAUCUUGGCAACACUGAGGUGACUGAAGAGAUCUUCCUGGAAUACCUGUCCUCACUGGGGGAGUCUGGUUUCAGUGGGGAGUCCUACAACUUGUUUGAUCACAAUUGUAAUACCUUCUCUAAUGAAGUUGCUCAGUUCUUAACCGGGAGGAAAAUCCCUUCGUAUAUAACAGAACUGCCGUCCGAGGUCCUGUCCACACCCUUUGGACAAGCACUCCGCCCUUUCUUGGAUUCCAUUCAAAUUCAGCCACCUGGAGGUAACAAUUUUAACAGGCAAAGUGGUCCAAGUUAA